AUGAUUGAUACGCACUGUCAUUUGGUAGACAACAAGUUCAAAAACGAUGUCGAUGAUGUCAUUGAACGUGCGAAAUCAAACGGAGUGAAGCAUGCCGUGGUAUGUCCAGAGUAUGCGAGUCAAUUUGAUGCCGUAUUGGAGUUGAAACAACGGCAUCCUGAUUUCGUGCUGCCUGCCAUUGGAAUACACCCGAUUCAAAAAAAGAACAAAUCCGUCAAGUUGGAAGACGCGGAAGGCGUGGAGGAAUUCCUUUUGAAGCGUCGUGACCAGAUCUACUGUAUUGGAGAGGUUGGUUUGGAUUUCACCGAAAGAUACAAUAUCACUCCUGAAAAGAUAGCAAUUCAAAAAGAAGUUUUAGCAAAGCACAUAGAAUGGGCGAAGCAGUUGGAAUUGCCUCUGACCGUUCAUUCUCGGUCUGCCUGCGGAGAUACCGUAGAUUUUUUGAUUGAAAACAGCGCCACAAAAGUAGCACUGCAUGCCUUCAACGGCUCUUUGGAAGAAGCUCUUCGUGGUCUACAAGCAGGAUUUUUCUUCUCCAUCCCUCCGUCGUUCACGGCUGGAGAUCACAAGCGCUUCUUAAUUAAUGCCAUUCCAUUGGACAAGCUACUUCUGGAAACUGACUCACCCGUGCUUGGUCCUGUCCGAGGGGAACGGAACGAACCAGCUAAUCUGAGGCUUUCUGCAGAAUUUAUUGCGGAUGAGAAAAAAGUGCCUGUAGAAGAAGUGAUAUCGAAGACAACCGAGAAUGCUGAGAUGCUAUUAGGUCUCAAAAAUCAAUGA